UCGGACAGUAUCAAGUUGUGCUCAGCUCGCUGACCAGUAGACAGUUCUUCAACGCGGAUUCGUCCCCUUUUGUAGCGGAAAGUGUCCAAGUAACCAAAAAUCCAACCAACAAAAUGAAAUUCUUGAUCAUGACUAUCUGCUUGUUCGUGCUGGCCUUUGCGCUGGUUGCGGCUGUUCCCGCUGUGCACGACGAAGGCAUCUUCGGUAGCGAGGGAGCUGCGGACGAUACACUGAACCCCCAGGACCCGCAGGCUUUCCUGCUGAAGAAGCUGCUCCUGAAGAAGAAAUUGCUGCUGCUCGGCUAAGAUACGAUGAACGAAAGCGAAUGUCGCUGUCGCCAGUCUAGAUUAGCUGUUAAGGAAACAAUGCUCACAGAAGAAUGAUGCAACGAAAUCUUCGACCAAAAUGUGCUCCCACCUAUUUCCAAACUCUCACUCCUUGACGUCCCACACCGUCCAGCAUGCUACAGUUGAAGUGCUCCUGGAUCCCGAUCGUGUCCUGAGCACUUUAGAGGUCAGCUGCCAGAUCAGUCAACUCAACGUCGGUCUGCAAAAGAAGCUGUGGACCGACGAGAGAGUAUUCUUAAGUUAAGAUGCUAAGUAUCCUCGUAUUUUCCUUUUAUACAAGCUUUUGAACUCAACAUCUUGCCAGUCAACUUGUUCUAUUGGAAAUAAUAUACUGAAACGAAGAAAAACAUGACUUCCAAAAAAUAAAACAAA